UAACCACCGAGCCAUCUCUCCAGCCCCGGGGAACAAAAUCUUGAUGUCUUAUAACUUAAAUGCAAUAUCCUGAUAUUAUCUCAAAGGAUUUAAAAUUACACGAUAAGGAGGAAGAGGGAUGAAAACAUAAAUACUUACUAUAUGUGUGUAUAUUCAUAAAUAUGUUCUUAACAAAAUAUGACAGUAACACUCAUGUCACCUGUAAUCCUUGUUUUGGCAACAGUGAUGUUAGAUUGUAUUUGUAACUACCUUUCUCUACAGUCCAUUCUGUAUUUCCUCCAACCUCAGCAAUACCAGAGUAGGCUUUGAUACUUUUCCUGGAGGAGUGACCCAUACCUCAUCCCUGAAGGAUCUGGGUCCUUUCUCAUCCUGCCUGGAUUGAUUGUUUUAAUUUGCUAUUAACAUGAAUCACAGAAUAUGCUAACGCCAAGAGAAAUACAUUAGGAUCUCAUGCAAGCCAGACUGCCUUUUAUCACCAUUUUGGAGAUGCAAUCCAAAUUUCCCCUAGGAGUCUUGAUAAAUCACAUCUCCUCUUAAAACUGUUAUUACAGUCUUAGGCUGUUGAGACAAAAGCAUCAAAAUUUCAAAGUGACCAGUAAGGAGCCCGAGCUUCUAGUUAUAUGGAAAUUUUAUCAUGUCUCCAGGCAGAUGCACCCAUCUCUAAAUUGGAAUCAAAACUUUUAGGCCAGCAGAACAGAAGUCAUUCACAGGCAGCAAAAACUGUCCCAGCCACUAGGGGUGAUAGUGAGCCAUCCAUUUCCAUUUCUACCCCCUUGAUUCCUAGACUCCUGAAGCCUUGCAAUGGGAAAACUGUUCUAUUUUCUGGACUCUGAUCCAAAGCUUAUCUUAUGCUGUGGAGGUGUCUUAGCCCAUUAGGCUACAGUCACCUAACUGGCAGGUGUCUUAGCCACAGUUCUAUUGCUGUGAAAAGACACCAUGACCAAGGCAAAAGAAAGCAUUUCAUUGGGGGUUUCCUUAUAGUUUUACAGAGUUAGUCCAUUACCAUUAUCAUGGGGGGGGCAUAGAGGCAGGCAUGGCAGUGAAGCAGUAGCUGAGGGCUGUAUUCCUGAUGAGCAGGUAGCAGGGCAGAGAGAGAUGUGGGCCUCUCCACUUCUUUUAAAACCUUAAGCUCACCCACAGUCACAUACUUCCUCCAAGGAGGCCAACAAAUCUAAUUAUAAUCCUAUCAAAGAGUUUCAGUCCCUGGUGGUUUAGCAUUCAAAUACAUGAGCCUCUGGGGGCCAUUGUUCAAACCACCACAGCAUAGUAACUGCAUCUUCAAAAGGCCAUUCUAAACUCACUGACUCAGAAGAGCCCACAAAGUCACAAUCAGUUGUUAAGAACCGAUGUGUGGCCUCUUUCGGGACUUGACUCCAAGAUGACCAAAAAAAGGAGAAACAACGGUCAUGCCAAAAAGGGCCGCAGCCUUGUGCAGCCAAUUCGCUUCACUAACUGCGCCCGCUGCAUGCCCAAGGAAAAGGCCAUUAAGAAGUUCAUCAUUCGGAACAUUGUAGAGGCCGCUGCCGUCAGGGACAUAUCCGAAGCAAGUGUCUUCGACGCUUAUGUGCUCCCCAAAUUCUAUGUCAAGCUGCAUUACUGUGUGAGCUGUGCUAUUCAUAGCAAGGUAGUCAGGAAUCGAUCUCGGGAAGCUCGGAAGGACUGA